CUCGCCGGAUCGUCUCUGUUGACAGUUCUGCCCGUGGCUGAUAGACGAAGAUAUGGCGACGGGACCCGGUCACACGACCCAUCCGGUGUUGGCUGUCCGCAGUGAUUAGCUUCGAAAUCCGAUACUGUACACUUGAUGCACGUCGAUUGCACUUCGGCCAGUGACACGCGCAAUCAAAGCUCGUCUCAAACCGUCGUAGCUGAAAGGAUAACAUCGUUAUCGAGGUGCUUUUUGGUUACCUUUUCAAGAUGCUCGGUUGUGGGAUUCUGGACAGUCUUCGGGUCAUCCUCGCAGUCUCGGCAGCCUUGCCGUUGGCGAAUUCCUUGUCCGGUGAACACGUCUGCAACAGAGUUGAAAACUACACCCUCACUGCUAAAGAAACCUACACGGAUCCAGUCAAAGUACAGACCUACACGUGGUGUUUCCAAGUUCCUCCAAGGUGUGAGAAGACUCGGAUUGAAAUAAGAGAGCGAUAUCGAAUCAAGACCACCGUCGAGCAGAGAACGAUAUCAGAAUGCUGCGAGGGAUACGUAAUCCAGGAGGUGCAUGGCGAGGCUGAGACCGAACCGAAAUGCAUUCCCUUCUGCAAAUCUUGCGAAAACGGAAUCUGCCUGGCACCAAAUUUUUGCCAGUGCGAAUCCGGCUAUCAAGGCGACAGCUGCGCUCAUCAAUGUCCACCAGGAUCUUGGGGCAAGCAGUGCAUGCAACAGUGCGACUGCGCGUCGGGAGAAUCCUGUAAUCCAGUUAGUGGGAUCUGCGAGUGUCCCGCAGGAUGGCAAGGACCUGGGUGUAAACUUGCCUGUCCUGAAGGCCGAUGGGGAUUCCGUUGCAAAUCGGUUUGCAACUGCGUCGAAAAGUACCCGUCAUGCGAUCCGGAAACGGGAAAUUGUCGAUUUCCUAAAAGCGAAACACCGCAGACAGUCCUUCCGCAAAAUUGGACCCAUGGAGAUCUCUUCCGAGCGAUACAGGUUUCCGGUCUUGUCCAGACGGCCACUUCGACGUCGCCAGUUUCCGGGGACGCCAGCGAGGUUUCGAAAACGGAAGCCACCAUCGUGACAAGGAUUUCCAGGACUACAGAGCACGCCGAAGAAAACGUCAUCACAGUUUCCGAAGUUUCGUUUCCCUUGCCAUAUUACACCGAGGCGAGACCGGAAGUCGGACUCCGAUAUGCGAACGUCGAAGAUGACGGCUCGGACUCGUCGUCAACGGCGAAACAGGCGCCAUCACCGCGUCCCGGUUACGUAAAGUCCCUGCAAAAAGUGAUUUUUUUAUCCACAGAACAGGAAGAUAGCCAGUCGCCACACGACGUCACCUUGCUGAUUGUUGUUGGGUCCAUCGUUUCCCUCUGCCUCACCACCCUUGCUGCCCUCAUGGUGUUCUACAUGAGAUCCAGACUCUUCGAGUCCAUCCCUCUGUCGAUAUACAGCAGCGAUAAGAAGGACGUUUCGACUGCGGAAAAGGGCGACACCGUGAAGAGCCUGAAGAUCACGAACACGACGCUUCCUCCUCUGCCGACUUUCGUCAAUCCAGUAUUCGCCACGAACCCUGAGACCGCUUUGAUAACCUUCGAUGCCGCCGAGCUGAACCAACAUUACGACAACCGGACCGGAACCAUCAGCAUACGCGUCUCUGGCAACAUCCGAGAUCUCUUGGAGAGCCACUAUGACAGGCCACCGACGUCAACAUGUCGUCACACUGCUUUGGAGCAGAACACGGAACACGUUUACGACGAGAUUCCACUUACCGCUCCACUGUGCGUUCAAAAAGGGGCAUAAUUUUCUGUACUCAUGUCU